GCCGGCGGCUCCGGCUCAGGCAGCGCAGCGGCUCCGAGGAGUCGUGCCGGCGCCCGGGUCGCUGCUCGCACGCCCCCAGCCCGCAUCCCCUUCCUCUCGCCCUGAAGGGACAGCAGGCAGAGAGAGCGGGAGUGAGGAGUUCGCGGCAGAUUAAAUUAACGCUGUUUGAAAGAGAACAUUGUUUUCAUCAUGAAUGCUAAUAAAGAUGAUAGACCAAAGUCCAGAAGCCACGACUUUUACAUUUUUCAUGCCUUGGUGGUGCUAAGCAUGACCGUGCUGUUUCUUCCAGUCAUUGAAACUUCUAAACAAAAUAUUCCACGAGUCAAGCUAACCUACAAAGACUUGCUACUUUCAAAUAGCUGUAUUCCCUUUUUGGGUUCAUCAGAAGGACUGGAUUUCCAAACUAUUCUGUUAGAUGAGGAGAGGGGCAGGCUGCUUCUGGGAGCCAAGGACCACAUCUUCCUGCUCAGUCUGGUUGACUUAAACAAAAAUUUUAAGAAGAUAUAUUGGCCGGCUGCAAAGGAACGAGUGGAAUUAUGUAAAUUAGCUGGGAAAGAUGCCAGUACAGAAUGUGCAAAUUUCAUCCGAGUACUUCAACCCUAUAACAAAACUCACGUUUAUGUGUGUGGAACUGGAGCAUUUCAUCCAAUAUGUGGAUAUAUUGAUCUUGGAGUCUACAAGGAGGAAGUUAUGUUCAAACUAGACACACAUAUUUUGGAGUCUGGCAGACUGAAAUGUCCUUUUGAUCCGCAGCAGCCUUUUGCUUCAGUAAUGACAGAUGAGUACCUCUACUCUGGAACAGCUUCUGAUUUCCUUGGCAAAGAUACUGCAUUCACACGGUCCCUUGGGCCUACUCACGACCACCAUUACAUCAGAACUGACAUUUCAGAGCACUACUGGCUCAAUGGAGCAAAGUUUAUUGGAACUUUCCCCAUACCAGACACCUAUAAUCCAGAUGAUGAUAAAAUAUAUUUCUUCUUUCGUGAGUCAUCUCAAGAAGGCAGUACUUCUGAUAAAACCAUCCUUUCUCGAGUUGGAAGAGUUUGUAAGAAUGAUGUAGGAGGACAGCGCAGCCUGAUAAACAAAUGGACAACUUUUCUUAAGGCCAGAUUGAUUUGCUCAAUUCCUGGAAGUGAUGGGGCAGACACUCAUUUUGAUGAGCUUCAAGAUAUUUACUUACUGCCCACAAGAGAUGAAAGAAAUCCUGUAGUAUAUGGCGUCUUUACCACAACCAGCUCCAUCUUCAAAGGCUCUGCAGUUUGUGUAUAUAGCAUGGCUGACAUCAGAGCAGUUUUUAAUGGUCCAUAUGCUCAUAAAGAAAGUGCAGACCAUCGUUGGGUGCAGUAUGAUGGAAGAAUUCCUUAUCCCCGACCUGGCACAUGUCCAAGUAAAACCUAUGACCCGCUGAUUAAAUCCACACGAGAUUUUCCAGAUGAUGUCAUCAGUUUCAUAAAGCGGCACCCUGUGAUGUAUAAGUCAGUAUAUCCAGUUGCGGGAGGACCAACAUUCAAGCGAAUCAAUGUGGAUUAUAGACUGACACAGAUUGUGGUGGAUCAUGUCGUUGCAGAAGAUGGCCAGUAUGAUGUAAUGUUUCUUGGAACAGACGUUGGAACAGUCCUAAAAGUCGUCAGCAUUUCAAAGGAGAAGUGGAAUAUGGAAGAGGUGGUACUGGAGGAGCUGCAGGUAUUCAAGCACUCGUCAAUCAUCUUGAACAUGGAGUUGUCCCUGAAGCAGCAACAGUUGUACAUUGGUUCCCGAGAUGGAUUGGUUCAGCUUUCCUUGCAUAGAUGCGACACUUAUGGGAAAGCCUGUGCCGACUGUUGUCUUGCCAGAGAUCCCUACUGUGCCUGGGAUGGAAAUGCAUGCUCUCGCUAUGCACCCACUUCGAAAAGGAGAGCUAGACGCCAAGAUGUAAAGUAUGGAGACCCAAUCACCCAGUGCUGGGACAUAGAAGACAGCAUUAGUCAUGAAACUGCUGAUGAAAAGGUGAUUUUUGGCAUUGAAUUUAAUUCAACCUUUCUAGAAUGUAUACCUAAAUCCCAACAAGCAUCUAUUAAGUGGUAUAUCCAGUGGUCAGGAGAUGAACAUCGAGAGGAGUUGAAACCCGAUGAAAGGAUCAUCAAAACAGAAUAUGGGCUACUGAUUCGAAGUUUGCAGAAGAAGGACUCUGGGAUAUAUUACUGCAAAGCACAGGAGCACACUUUUAUCCACACCAUAGUGAAGCUGACUUUGAAUGUCAUUGAGAAUGAACAGAUGCAAAAUACCCAGAGGGCACAGCACGACGAGGGGCAGGUCAAGGAUCUGUUGGCUGAGUCACGGUUGAGAUACAAAGACUACAUCCAAAUCCUUAGCAGCCCAAACUUCAGCCUCGACCAGUACUGCGAACAGAUGUGGCACAGGGAGAAGCGGAGACAGCGAAAUAAGGGCGGCCCAAAGUGGAAGCACAUGCAGGAAAUGAAGAAGAAACGAAAUCGAAGACAUCACAGAAACCUGGAUGAGCUUCCUGGAGCUGUGGCCACGUAGUUUUCUAUUUAAUUUAAAGAAAGAAGUCUUACCUGCAAAAAUACUGUCUUCUGUUUUGUAUAUCCCUUAAACUGACUCAAAAGAGCUUUCCAUGAAAUUUUGCUAAGGCACAAGAACAAAAUCUAAAUAAGAUUAUCUGUGGUGAAUAUGGCAUAGUAAGGGCAAAUAAUUCAUCUGAACCAGUUUUCCAUGAACUAAACUUGUACCUGCGAAGUAUCAGAAUUAUCCUCAAAACAGGGGUUUUAAAUUUGUAAAUGUUUUUAUGUUCUUCUGAGUUUUUGAAUUUGUCAUGUAAAUAAUUGAGCUAAGCAGGCAUCAAAUUUGAUAUUGUAGUAAGGUGCUUUAUUUCCCUUUCAUGGCCAUUAAGCAUGGGGCUUACCAUGGAGUUGUGCUAUAUGUUCUUAUGAACAGAUAUAUGAUUCCCCUCUAGAACUGGCUGCCUUGUGGUAGAAACUGGAGGGAAGACACAAAUUCAUACAGCUCACAUAAUCAACAGAAACUUUCCCAGUGAGCCAUUCACUUUUGGUGCAUGGAUUGGGAAUCUGGAGAGGUGCAUUAUUUCUUCAGCCCCCAAAGCUUCCAUUUAAUGCACUGCAGCAUUGAUUUACUGAAGGGUAUAAAUGCUCCUCCCAGGAUUCCUUAUGACUUGUCAGGAGUAACAGGUUCAUAGAGAGAAGUUGGUGCUCAGUUAUGUGUUUUUAGAAUAUAUUCUGAGCUUUACAGAGACAGAGGUUUAAUAAAUAUUUUAAUAAGACAUGGGAAAACAUUUUAAUAAAAUAAGGGAAACAUCGUGAUGUAUACUGCAUCCUAAUGGGAAGGCAUGCAGAUGGGACUUGUUAAGAGACAGCAGGAAAGACAGCCAUAAAUUCUGGCUUUGGGGAAAACUCAUAUCACCACAGAAAGGAAGAACAAUCACAAAUAAAGUGGGAGAAAUGUAAUGUAGCUUUAUUCACUGGAGUAUAAGUAGUGGUCAAUUUGCAAUCCAUCUGUUAAAAAAAAUCUAGAUUGUAGUAAACUGCUAGCAAAAGUCUGAGGAAAAGUAAAUUUUCUAAAGGAUCAUGGGAAGAAUGAACACAAAUUUUAUUCACAACCAAUGUGAUUUUAGUAUAUAUUUCUUUUUUCUAAAAAUAAAUCAUACUCUGUAAGUUAUUUCCAUUUACUGCCUUUAUUCUUUCCUGAAUAUUGGAUUAUUGGAUUUUAUCUGAGUGAGUAGGAAAAAACUAUAUAUAUAUAGGGAGAUGAUAGAAUUAGGUAGACAGCAGUGGUGGGGAUUGGGGAUAUAUAUUUGUUGAAUAACAGAACAAAUGCAAGAAUUUUAACAACGGAAAGGGUUAAAUUAACUCUUUGACAUUGUCACAUAAUCUUUUUGCAUUUCUGAGAUUAUAUGCUGUAAUUCAAGUAGCAUUGUUUUAGUAAUUUAAUCAUAAAUAAGCCUAUUGCAUGUAAAGAAAAACUCACAACAUUGACAUAAACAUUUUUCAUAUUUCAGUAGCACUUUCAAAUGUUUCCAAAUUACUUCCCCUCUGAAUAUGUUUGGUAUGUUUCCUGCCUGUUUAAGCAGGACUCACCUUUCCUUUAUAGAACACAAAACCCUUAGCCUUCUUCUGUUUUGCCUUUUCAUGCCCUUUUUAGUGUGAAAUGAAAAAUUAGUCACUUCCUCACAUGGAAGGCAGCGUUUCAAAAAACUAAACAGACAUUGCUCGUUUCUCAUGCCUUCUACAUGUCUUGAAAGAAAAACCUAUGAGAACCCGUGUGAUUAGAGGGCAACUUAUUACAGAGCUCAGUAUCAUGUUUGUGACUGGCUUUGUUCAAAACGUUUUCUCUCUCACAUGUUCAUUUUAUUUGCAUCGCUUACCUAUCUCAAGGUAGCCACACUGAUCUAUGAGGUUAAGUAGCCCUUUUGAAAUGAUACUCAUAAAUAUUUGUAGAUGUUUCACUAUAAGGAAAAUUUAAGAAAUGUAGGUUUUAAAAAAAGUGAACCAGAAUAAGUCAUUCUUAAAAAGUAAUGCAUAAGAAGAGCAGCAAGAUCAGACUGCUGACUGAAUAUCAUAACAAGAGUGUUUAUAAUUAUUGAUUUUCUGGGUUAAAGUGUCCCAAGAACUCACAGGAAGCUCAAAGCAAAUAUGUGGGAGAAGAUUUAAUUUUUUAAAAACUUCCAAAUAUUUGUAUAUCAGACGGUAAUGAUCAAAUUGUCGAUGGCUUUGAGAAAAUUACAUGAAGCUCAAAUGUUAGGAUUGACUUGUGAAAAUAAAUUUGGUUUUCAUCAAAAUAUGGAUGUCCAAACCAUUCUUUAAUUACUUCUUUCUGAUCCUAGUUAUUCAGACCAAAUUUGGGGAACCUGUUUUACUUUACAGCUAAUAUUCUGGCUGCUUUGGAUCUAAAACUAUUAAUUUAUGAUAAUUACUUAAAAUAUAUUUGAAAUAUUGUUAGGAAAAUAAAAUGUCAUAUAAUAAAACAUAUGGUCAAAGAUUUAUAUAUAUUUAUAAAGAUAGAGGACAUCUAAGCUAUAAUUAAUUUUUUAAUCUUUUAAUUGCCUUACUUAUAGGAACAGUGUGAUUAUGUUAAAUCUAAAGAUGAGACACAAUAUAUACUUCAUCACCACUGAGGAUUUUACCAAGUUUUCUUUGAAAUAAUGAAAAAUAAAAUUAUAGUUAAUAGUUUCAAAUACUUUUGCUAAGGAGUCAGCUCUCUUUGGAGAGGUCUUAAAAUGUCUGUGUUUAUUCUUGGUUUCAUAUUUUUCUCUCCUGUUUUGAAUACAUAUAUCUUUGACUUGCAUAUUCUCGCCUGCAUUUCAUUCCAGCUAUUUAUGCUGCUAAGUGGAAUCCUGCAUGUUUGCAUUCAUUUACAUUAAAUUUAUUGGGAAUUUUCA